AUGACAACAUCUCUUGAAUAUUUACCGGAUGAAAUUUUCUUAAUUAUUUGUCAAUAUUUAUCUCAAUAUGAUAUUGUUCUUGCUUUUUUUGGUUUAAAUAAUCGUCUUAAUUGUACAAUUUCACAAUUCACUCAAACACUUAUUAUUUCUAAUGAAAAUUGUUCCAUUCAUCGAGAAAAUUAUCAACUUCUUUCUAUUAUUGGACCUUAUCUUCAUUCACUUACAAUAAAAAAUAUUCAUUUAUCUUCAUCUGAAAUUAGUAUAGCAUCAAAUAUUCAAGAAUUAACAUUUAUUCAUACACAACCUGAUGAUAUUCCGCCACUUCGAAAUCUAACUGAUUUGAAUAUUAUCUAUGGAUCAACAAUCAAAUUAAUUGAUGUUCUAUUUCCCAAAAAAAAUAAUAAGAAUAAUCUUCAUUCUGUUUAUAUAGCAUCUAUAAGUCCUUUAAAAAUACCUAUUUUUUCACCACAAAAAUUUUCUAAAAUCAAACAACUUGCUAUACCUCUUCAAUCGUUUGAUGAUCUUGUUCAUUUACUUUAUAUUUGUUCUGAACUUACAUGUCUUAAUGUAAUACUUCAAACUUGCAAUAUCAUAAACAUUCAAAAUUUAGACAAACAAUUAACAUUUGAGACACCUUCGACUCUUCGUAGUUUUUCUCUUCGAACAACAUAUGAUUUAAAUAUUAGUUUUAAUCAAUUAAAAUGUAUACUUAAACAUUUAACAUCAAAACUUGAACAUAUUUCUAUUGAAAUUUAUACUGAAGAUAUCAGUUGUAUUGAUGGUCAACAAUGGGAAAAUUAUUUAAAAGAAAAUCUAUCAGAAUUAAAUUAUUUUGAAUUUUUAAUUCUUUUAAGAAAAGAUUAUUCACAUGGAACGAAACCAUUACAAAUACCAGAAGUUAUAAAAACAUUUCAAAGUGCAUAUUGGUCAAAAAUUACACCUCAAAAUAUAACUGGAUAUUAUGAUCGACUUGUAUCGAUAUGUAUACAUACAGAAAUUAUUCCAACAGUGAGACGACGACGUUAUUUUUUAUAUUAA